UCAUUUUCUAGAGAAACUCCUCUCUCAGAACCACCACAAACCAUCACAAUGGCCUCCUCCCGUGUCUUCGCCCAGCGCCUGGCCUCCACCAUGGCUGCUUCCACCAAGGUCGCUCGCCCUGCCGCUCGCCUCCAGCUUGCCCCCAAGCGUACCUUCACCACCCAGCGCAAGGCCGUCCCCAUGACCCCCUUCCAGACCGUCAAGCGUCAGUCUCCCUCCGGCCUUAUCCAGGCCAACGCUCGCCAGGCUUUCGCUGCCCAGCAGGCCCGCCGCCAGUACUCCUCUGAAAUCGCCGACGCCAUGGUCCAGGUCUCCCAGAACCUGGGUAUGGGUUCCGCUGCCAUCGGUCUCGGUGGUGCCGGUAUCGGUAUCGGUCUCGUCUUCGGUGCCCUCCUCCUCUCCGUCUCCCGCAACCCUGCCCUCCGUGGUCAGCUCUUCUCCUACGCCAUUCUUGGUUUCGCCUUCGUCGAGGCCAUUGGUCUGUUCGACCUGAUGGUUGCCAUGAUGUGCAAGUACGUUUAAAUUAUGACCGAGGGAUAAUUGCAGUCACGGCAUCUGCGGAGAUUUUAUGAUCCACUCCCAAUCUUCGAUUACAAACCUUCAUCUAUAUUGGAGAGAAAAUAGGGGAUAUUGGAGGGAAUAUCAGCAAAAUCUUUUGUUUUGAGAUUGUCUUGGCUGUGAUAGGAGGUAAUUCUAUUGUGGUGGUCUUUUUAUAUAUCAUGUACUACUUUUCCCGUCAUCAUCUACAACCAUCAAAUACACUGUACAUAUAGAGAUUUAAAAUGGCCACUAAACUCCACGGAUUUGCCAGCUACAUUUGAUUGUAGGAUUGGGACUCUAUAUCCACAUCGAUUGAUGAUUCUCUGCUGUUUUCAAUUCUUGCCAGUUCGGACUGACCCAUGAAUGGAAA